AUGACUGAACAGGGCAAACCAAUCCAAUUGGAUACAAUGAACCAUUCUACUUUAGCUGAUUACACCACUUCCAACUUUCAGACUCUAUCCCAAGUUAAUAGUGAACGCAAUUCAACUUCCAACGAUGCUUCCCAACGAAUUGACAACACUAAACCAAUCAUGACAUUGAAUAACCCGCCUAGAAACCUAUACCGUGUAAUUUCAGCUUGCUCUUGGGGUUUAGGCACAGGCAUGACAGCUGGUGUCAUUGGGUCAUUGUUACCGUUUAUUGAAGCUUAUUAUAAGGUAAACUAUGCAAUUGUAUCACUUUUAUGGUUGGGUAAUGCCUUAGGGUAUAUACUUAUUGGAUUAAUUGGGCAUCACAUAGAUAUCAAAAUCGGCAAAUGGAAAAGUUUAAUGGUUGGUGCAAUUUGUCACAUUGCAAUGAGUUCCAUCAUGAUCACGGGGACAAGAUUCCCAGCAAUUAUAAUCGCAAUGUUUCUUGGUGGUGUUGGAGCUGCUCUCAACUUGGGUAAUUUCAAUACUUUCCUACCAAGUUUGGGUACAAAAUAUCCGGGUAUAUAUCAUGGGUGCUAUGGUAUUGGUGCUUGUGCUGGUCCUUUGUUUGCAAUCUUAAUGACAAAUAAUGGUAUUCAAUGGAACUAUUUCUAUUAUGUGGUUUUAGGGUUGACAUUGUUCAAUCUGGUUUUCUUAACCCUUGCUUUCAAAGGUAUCGAUAUAGACAUUGAGAAUUACACUACAGAGAGCGAUAAAGACGAAUCAGAAGACACUUCAAACCAAGAUCAAAAGCACCAUGAUUUUAAGGCUGCUUUGAAGGACUUCAGAACCUGGAUUGGCUGUGCUUUUAUCUUCUUCUAUCAAGGCUCAGAGGUUUCAAUGGGUGGCUGGGUGGUCACAUUCAUCUUGAACUACAGAAAAGGAAAUCCAACAUCAGUAGGUUAUGUAUCAUCUGGGUUCUGGGCAGGAGUCACUAUUGGUCGUUUCUUGUUGACUUCUCCUUUAAUUAAAUACUGUGGUAAUAAAAGAUCCGUGAUUGUUCUCAUUGGUGUUAUUAUGGCAUUUGAUAUUUUGACAUGGCUUGUUCCUGAAAAGAUUGCAGCAGGUCUCUUUGCCUCAUUAGCAGGGCUAUUCAUCGGUCCUAUUUAUCCAAUGAUGAUUGUCUUUUUAACCAGGAUUUUACCAAGGAAAAUAAGAUAUUGUUCUUUAGUUUUAGCAACUGCUUUUGGGAGCUCAGGUGGAAGUGCAAUACCGUUUUUGGUGGGUAUUUUGAGUCAAAUUAGUGGAACAUUUGUUCUUCAUCCUAUCUUUUUGGGAUGCUAUGUUUUGAUGUUUCUAUCUUGGAUAUUCCUACCAAACAUUGAGAGAAAAGGUGCAAUAAAACACUAUUGGCAAAGAAUUUGGUAA